AUGGGGCGCCUGGAGGACUUCAGCGGGGUUUACGGCGCCGCAGGGCCCGCCAAGGGUGACGCCGGGGCAGGCGCGGCGGCGGCGGUGCCGCUGUACCCGGUGGGGCGGACCGGUUCGCCGGUGGGGCGUCCGGGCGCGAGGGACGCGGCGGCGGCGGCGCUCGCGAACGUGAUCAGCAAGCUGCGCGACGGCUGCGACCGCGACCUGCUGGAGCAGACGCUGGCAGCCGCCAUGCUGCUGCUGAGCCCCGGCAUGCUGGAGCAGCAGCUGGGGGGCCAACGCAGGCGAGGCGACAGCGGCAUCACGGAGGAGCCCGCCGCCGCCACGGCGCUGCUCCUCGCGGGGAAGGCCGCGGGUGGCCUUGCCCGCGCUGGCGCCGGCAGCGGUGGUGAGCUGGGGGCGGGCGCGGGCGACGACGAGCCGCGGUGGCGCAAGCGCAGCAGCUUCAUGUCCUCUGUGGAGCGCGUGAAGCGCCUUGUGCUAUGGAGGGCCAGCCAGGAGGCGUAUAGGGUGUACCAGAGCCGCGGCGCCCCCGAGGUCACGUCCGUCACGCAGCUUCCCGCCAGCUACCGCCAGCUGCUCGCGGAGGUCCUGCAGGCCACCCUCAUGCCCUACGCCACAGUCCGCGCCACCGCCCUGGCCACUGUGCAGAACGCCCUGCGCCGCUUCCCCUGCCUCGCGCCCGCGGUACUGCCAUCUUACCUGUCCGCCGUCGCCGGCGUACCGUCGCCCCCCGCGGCGGCGCGCCUGAUGCUCGCCGGAUCCCCGGCCGACGCGGAAGUUGAGGAGGCGACGAUCGCCGAAUUUUACGAGGGGCCGCUCCGCGAGGCCGCGCUGCGGGAGCAGCAGACGCCGGCGGCGGCCGCGGCAGAGGCGGCCGCCGGCGGCGGCAAGGGGGCGGCGCCGGCAGCCGAGGAGAGCGCGAACGACGGGCGCGUGGCCGGCGCCUGCUCUGGGCUGAGCGGGAGCAUUGAGCUGCUGCGGCACUGCUUCAGGGAGCCGGGCCCGUGGGCGGCGCUGCUGCGGGCGGCGCUGGCGAGCCGGGUGCACGGGAGCGCGGCGUGUGAGGACGCUCUGGGCGGGUUGCUGAUGCAGGUCGCGGCCCGCUUCAAGGUCCCGCCCCGCAUGGGCCCCGCGCCCUCUGGGCCCCUCUUCGAGGCCCUCCUGUCUGACGCCACCCACCUCGGCCAGCCGGGCGGCGCCCUCCGCUCCGCGCUGCGCUACUGCGUCGCCGCCAACGUGGUCGCGCUGCUGAUGGCGCCGCCCGGCGGCGGCGGCGGCGCGGCGGGCGGCGCGGCGGCGCGGCACUGGGCGGGGCUGCUCAUGUAG